AUGGCGACAAGCUUAACAAAGGCAGCAGAGUAUCAGAUGGGCGAAUAUGCCUUCACUACUACAGGAUUGCAUGUUCCGAAACCCAAAGAUAUCUCCAACGACGUCACAUACAUAAUUGCGCAUCCACAAUCUUCGAAAAGCUUUCAAACCACGGUGGAUGGUUUGGGAAAAGAGGGUAUUGAGACUCAUAGCCCUUCAUUAAGUUUGAGCUUGCGAGAAAACAAACUUUCGAUGGAAACCGCCGAGGUUCAAAAGUAUUUGAUCGUCGGAAUCACGUUUCUUAACCUGUCGGCUGCUAUCGGGAAGAAAUUACCAACGGUAAAAAAGGAGGUGACGUCGGGACAAACGCUGGAGACGGCAACAAAGUUGACUUGGUAUCGUGAUAGUUCGACAAAUAGAGAUUGGAGAGCUACGAAAUGGAACAAGCUGGCUGCUAAAGAAGCUAUUCGAAAUGCACCACUAGCAGCGCUAUCGACAGAACAACCGCGAAAUGGGAAAUCUCAAGAUACUACUGAGGUAAUACUGGAGCCCGUUCUAUCUCUCAAGAACAGCAUUCGCUACCAUCUAACCUCACAUCCGGGAACGUCGGAAUCAUGGCAUUUUCAGAAAGCAUUUCUUGUCAUGGAGCAACCAGUCGAGGAUUCCAAGGACAUGCACGCUCCAUUAAACACAGCUUUGGAGACAUUUCUUGACAACGAGAACGAUGAUUUUGUUGAGGAUGAUGUAGAGACCAUGAACAAAGAAAUGGCUGAGCUUUGGCCCGAUUUUUAG